CUUACCAGUCUGCUAAUGACAGUGGAGGAGCACAGAGGUGUACCUGUAACUCAAGCUGAUCUACUAAAAAAAAAAUUUAAAAAAAAAUAAAAACUAAAAAGGCAGGCAUGCCUGAUGCAGACACGCAGGAGAAGGGAUUUGUGAACCACAUGGCUGACAAGGAGCAACGAGCUGGGAAGGAGCCUGAAGGUGAGAAGAAGCUGCACGAGGCUGUGUGCGUGCUGCUGGUGGAGCUGUGCGAGCGGUUCACCUUCUUCGGCAUCGUCUGCAACAUGAUCCUCUUCUGCACUGCCAGGCUGGGCUACCCCAGCCACCAGGCUGCCAUGGUCAACAUGUGCUUUGUGGGCACCUCCACGCUCACCCCAGUGCUGGUGGGCUGGCUGGCAGAGUACCUGGUAGGGAGGACCAAGCUGGUGUGCAUCUGCAUGUUCCUGCACUUCCUAGGCACAGCACUGUUACCUGUGGUGUCAUUCCCCUUCGAAGACGUUCACAUCGACAGACGACACGUCCUCCUCACCCUGCCCAAAAGGGAGCAGAAAAUCGUGUUCUACUUUGCACUCCUCACAGCCAGCCUGGGAAUAGGAGGAAUAAGAGCCAUUGUGUGCCCUCUGAGUGCCUACAGCCUGGAGGACUGUGGCCCAAAGGAGCUGCUUUCAUUUUUCAACUGGUUCCACUGGCUGGUUAACUUGAAUUCAGCAGUGGUCUUUGUCAGCAUUUCUUACAUCCAGCAGUCCGUGGCCAGGAACCUUGGCUUUCUUAUCCCAUUUGUGUCUGGGCUUAUGGCUAUGAUCACAAUUCACAUGGUUCGGGGUGAAAUGAUUUACAAACCCAAAGCAGACAGCUCUCUGCUGACGACCUUUGGGGUGAUUCUCAGUGCCCUGAAGAUGCGCUGCGUGCGCCAGCGCUACCUCGGCACAGCCGUGCCCAGCUGGCUGGACCACGCCAAGGAGCACCACGGUGGGCACUACAGUGAGACCCAGGUGGAGGGCACAAAGUCACUGGCCAGGCUCUUCCCCUUGUUCACCUUCCAGAUUCUCUACAGGACGUGCAUCAUGCAGAUUCCUUCAGGAUAUUAUCUCCAAACCAUGAAUUCCAACCUGCACUUUGGUGGAUUUUUGUUGCCAGUUGCAGCAAUGAAUGUGAUCAGCAUCGUGCCCCUUCUGAUUCUUGUUCCUAUUUUGGAGUGCAUUAACUCCUGGCUCUUUAGCUCCAAGGACACUGGGCAUUCUCCAACAAUUUACAUUGUUGUAGGUCACUUAUCUGCUGCCCUUUCUGUGGUGGCUGCUGGCUUCUCCGAGAUGCACCGCAAGCGCUUCCCCCAGGUGGAGCAGACUCUGUCUGAGGAGCUUUUCCUGGUCUCCUCCAUGCCCUGCUUCCACCUGGCUCCUCAGUACAUCCUGCUCGGAGUGGCUGAAGCCUUGGUGACUCCCUCCUGUUCCUUACUUUCAUUCUGGCUCGUGCCUGCAGGAAUGAGAGGGAUUUCCAUGCACUUUUUAGCUCUCUUUAAUGGAGCUGGCUGCUUUGUGGGAGCUCUCAUUGUUCAGACAGCCCACGCAGGCACUCAAGGCAGCUGGUUCCCACACUUGCUGCAUGAAGGUAAAUUGGAGAGGUUCUUCUUCUUCUUGGCUUCCUUAAUGAUGGUGAACACCCUGGGGUUCUGGGCCAUUGCACACAGAUACAACAAUCUCCAUGAGGAUUGCACCAAUGGAAUCAGAGGAAGUUUUCCUGGAGAAAAACUUUUGAAGCAUGAAAAAGCCAUCAAGCACUAUAGUUCUGUCCUGGAACGUUCUCCCAUUUUGUCUCCUGUGGAGAAAACCUGAUAGAAUUUCACCCUGAUAAAAUUUCACCCUGAUAAAAUUUCACCCCUAAAUUUUGGCGGUUUUUAUCCACCAGCUCUCUAAGGAUAAGUUACCCCGCGCACUUAAGUGGAACAAUGUUCUGGUAUUUAUGAAUUAUCUGGUGAAUAAUAAUGUUAUUUAGAAGUUAAAAACAUAGCAAUAUUUAUAGGAUCUGGCCUUAAAGGAGGCUGCACUGUCAUAAUUCACAUGGAGGCCAAGGAGAUCUCUGUUUGCCACAGUUGGAGAGAGGCUUUUAAUCUUUAUAUGGAAAUAGGUAUCCACAUCUAUUUGUAUUUAGGAAUGGUUAAAACUUAAUAAACAUUCUCAUUUGUUUGUUUAGCAAAUUAUUUUGUGACAGUAUAAUUUACAAGUGAUUUUGAAAUCUGCUUAUUGGCUGGUUAAUAUUUGCAAUGAUGGGAAUCCUGUGUACUGCUCUUGGCUCUUGCUGCUUUAGUUUCCCUGUCAGUGAAAUGGACACAAGCCUUCUUUGCAAAUUGCUUUGAG